ACAUUUCAUUCAUACACUAUAGGUUAGGUUCCUUCUUGUAACAAAAAUAAUAUUCGAAAUUUGCAUUUUUUGUUAUUUUUUAGCAAAAAACUUACAAGUAUGAGUUUAAUUAAUACCUUGCAAAUUUCAAUGCAAAUAGCAAAGCAGAGAUUUUUGUUUCCCGCUGCAAUAAUACGUAGUUAUGCUGCUGCUCCCAGUGCUAAGAAAAUGAAGAAGUUGGGUAAGCUUGGCCCCAUAAUGGAGAAAAAAGUAAUUCCAGUUGAGACCGAUGCCAAUAAAUUGGUAAAUUAUGUUUGUGGGAGUAAUAUCUAUAAAACUGGUGAAGACAUUAAGUUGAAACCUGAUUCAGAAUACCCCGAUUGGCUAUGGUCCCUGAAUGUAGAUCGCAUUAUACCUUUGGAUGAAAUGGACCCCAAUACCAAACAAUAUUGGCGACGAUUACGUAAAAUGGCAUUACGGCGAAAUAAUCAACUAGCCAAACUAAAGAAAUUUUAAAUUGUAGCGGAAAAACUGUUAUGUUGUAAAAUUAAUAAAAAAAACUCUUAAAACCAACGUUA